UCUUAUUAAAUCUUCUCUUUGUUAUCUAACUUUCCAUGAUGCUUCCUCACAAAGUCAAACGUGUUUAUGUGCACAACUCAAAGCUUUAAAGUAACCCCAGUCAUUUCAUUUAUUCAUUCAUUUAAUAAUUAUAAUAAGCUUACCAUGAACAAACCCAAAAAAAAAUUAAAAAACAAAAACGUCUAAAACCCAUAUGGGGAUCCAGAAAGAAAGAACACAGACUCAAAAGUCUCUCACACCCAAGAGGCGCUGACCCCCCUUCUCUUCUCUACCGUUUCGUCCUCCAUCGUCUCCUAUUAUCUUCUUCUUCUUCUUCAUUCAAUUUUGAAAAAUAGAAAGAAAAAAGAAAAAAAAGAGAGAUAAGCGAAAUUCACCCUAUUCCUUUGAUUUCAACUGUAUGUAGCCAAGGGAAUUAUGUCCUGAAUCUAAAUCACAAGUCCUCCAGUUGGAAACAAAGUACUAUACCAACAGCUGACAUCGGAACAAUAUUAUUCUGUUCGUCAGUUUUGUAAGAAUAAGACGACAGACAUCAUUAUCAUCUCACUCUGUGACUCAACUCUCUGUCUCCCCACUGCGUUCAUCAGUCUCCAAUUAUGGCCGGUGGAGGAGGAGGUGAGUCAAGGCAGCUAGAUCAGACACCCACAUGGGCCGUUGCCAGUGUUUGUGCCGUUAUUAUCCUCAUUUCCAUUGCCUUAGAGAAGAUUCUUCAUAAACUUGGAACUGUAAGUCUUCUUUACUAUCAACCCGGCUUCGUUCCCUCCUCUUUUCCCGUUUCCCUCCCACUUGUUAUCUUGUUUCUUGGCUUAUUGCUCCGCCUAUUGGCUUAAUUUUCUAUUCUAUUUCCUGCUGCCUCUUUGUUUUCCUUUCUUAUUUAUUUUUUUUUCUUCUUCUUAAAUUUCCGGCACCCUCGCAAAACUAGUUACAAAAAAAAAAUAAAAAAAUUCCUUUGUUAUCUUAAUUCGCCUACUGCUUACCUUGUUCCUAGUCUUUCUUUCGCUAGCUGUACAUCGAACGCAAACCUAUGUUAUUAUCAUUAAUUUGGUACUUUCGUCAACUCUCAGUGGUUAACGGAGAGGCACAAGAGAGCACUGUAUGAGGCUCUGGAGAAAGUCAAAACUGGUAAAAAUAAUUAUGAAAUAUUAUUUCAUUUUAUUCAUUUAUUUAUUUAAUUUCACUUUUUAAGUUACAACAGUGCAGGGUGGGAUGGUUAGGAUUUAGGGUGGGGAUUCUUGGGGUUCGAUUCUCAUUGGGGGCAGCACAAAUUCGUUCAUUAGUGGUGACACUUUGUUAUUGUGAUGAGCAGAGUUGAUGAUUCUGGGAUUUAUAUCCCUACUUUUGGUGUUCAGCCAGUACUAUAUUGCCCAAAUAUGUGUACCUGCCGGGAUUGCCAACUCUAUGUUGCCCUGUCCUGGACUUGCCAAAGCUGCUAAACAGAAAGAAGGACAUCGCCGCAGGCUACUGUGGUAUGAAAACAGAAGAGUUUUGGCUGCUGGUAGUGAGCCUUCCUGCAAAGAGGGUCAUGUGCCGCUAAUUUCUGUUAAUGGACUGCAUCAGUUACAUAUUCUCAUAUUCUUUUUAGCUGUCUUUCAUGUUAUAUACAGUGCCAUAACUAUGGCUCUUGGAAGACUAAAGAUUCGCGGCUGGAAGGAAUGGGAACAGGAGACAUCAUCCCACCAUUAUGAGUUUUCAAAUGAUCCUUCAAGAUUCAGGCUUACUCAUGAAACUUCAUUUGUAAGAGCACAUACAAGUUUCUGGACCAGGAUCCCGAUCUUCUUUUACGUUGGUUGCUUUUUCAGACAGUUUUUCCGAUCUGUUAGUAAAUCUGACUACUUGACGCUGCGUAAUGGAUUCAUUAGUGUUCAUUUAGCUCCUGGUAGUAAAUUUAAUUUCCAAAAGUAUAUCAAAAGAUCAUUGGAGGAUGAUUUCAAGACUGUUGUCGGAGUCAGCCCGGUUUUAUGGGCGUCCUUCGUAGCUUUCCUGCUCCUGAAUGUUAGUGGGUGGAAGGCAUUGUUUUGGGCUUCCUUAAUUCCUGUGAUCAUCAUCUUAGCUGUUGGAACAAAACUGCAAGCUAUAUUGACAAGGAUGGCUCUUGAAAUCACGGAGAGACAUGCUGUGGUUCAAGGCAUUCCACUUGUUCAGGGCUCGGACAAAUAUUUCUGGUUUGGCCGUCCUCAAUUAGUUCUUCAUCUUAUCCACUUCGCACUGUUUCAGAAUGCGUUCCAAGUAACAUACUUCUUGUGGAUUUGGUAUGAAUUCGGGCUAAGAUCUUGCUUCCACGACAACUUUGAGCUUGUCAUUGCAAAGCUUGCACUUGGGGUGGGAGUCCUAGUUUUAUGCAGUUACAUCACUCUUCCACUCUACGCUCUCAUCGCCCAGAUGGGAUCGCACAUGAAAAAGACCAUAUUUGAUGAACAAACCUCCAAAGCAUUAAAGAAGUGGCACAUGGCUGUCAAGAAGAAACAUGGGGGGAAGUCUCCUACCAGGACAUUAGGGGGUGGUGAUGCGAGUCCAAGUGCAUCGUCAAUUGCUUCAACCAUGCACUCCCUUUCCACCGGAGCUGCACUCCAUCGCUUCAAAACUACCGGUCACUCCACGCGCUCAUUCACCUACACAGUACCCCAUGAAGAUGACACAUCCGACCUGGAAAACGAUCCAUCGACUCCCACGACCAACAGCACUGUUCUAAUUACAGUUGAUGAUCACAAUGAGGAUGCUGCAAGCAAAUUGCAUCAUGUACAGUUGGAGGGAGAAGAAGGAAAGGACGAAAGUGACUUCUCAUUUGUAAAGCCAGCCCCCUUAAAUAAAUAA